UCGGGCUCGUUAUACCGUAAAACAUCCGGUUCUGGGCAAAAUCCCAAAAGCAAAACGCGAAGAAUUCAAGAAAAAAAACCCCUAUUUUCAUUAUUUUAAGGAACAGCGCACAAGAGAUAAAAAUUUAGUGACGUUUUUACGGUUUCAAGCAAAAUUAAACACAUGUAAGAGCACUAUGUUAUAAUGCGUGAAGAUGAAUGGUGAAGAUGGUGGUUACCAGGGAGUGGAAGAGUCCAUUAUCUUGAAACAAGGGGAGGUUCGCAUGAAAAGCAGGAGGUUGGGGAUAUGGAGGAAGCGAAAUGUUGUUCUGUUUGCCCCUUCCAGUAAGGGUCCCACAAGAUUUGUGAAGUAUGCAGACGAAAGAGGAUUUCGAGAGGAAAAGCAGCUUUCAUUUGUUCGCAUGCAGGAUGUGACGACCGUUGUGAGGUUGUCCUUUAAUGAUGAUCAUGGGAUCACCAUCUCUCUGGCUGGCGGGGAAGUCCGGCAGUUUAUAUGUAAUGAUGCAAAUGAUGCAGAAGACUGGCUUCAGAAACUGCAGGCCGAGGCGGGGAAAAGUGAUAGUCUCCCUUUAGGAUUAUAUCGGGCGUACCUUAUACCAAACAUGUUCCUAAACUUUGAGAAAGAAUGUGUAAUGGAAGUGACUGCGGAGCGGCUCAAUGUGUUCGAGGACUCCACUAAAAGCAGAAGAGUGAUCAGCCUGAAGAUUUCGUGCAUCAGAAGAUACACUGCUAAUCCAGAGAAACGCAACAAUAAUUUACUGAUAGAAAACGGACGUUCUCAAGAAGAGAUAGGAGAAAGCUUAUUGCUGUUCAAGUCUUAUCAAGCAGAAGACAUAUUUAAACAUCUGGAUCGCAGUGCCCGGAGGCUUCGUGGGAGUAUAGCUUCCGGAAAUUCACAGAACAGCAAUGGCAGCUUUAAUCCACGUCAAUGAUUAUUGCCAUCUUUAGGGGUUAAGAAGAUACCAGAGUACCAAUACCAUGCCUCGCCUGCGAGAGGCAACAUCUUGUCUGAAUUCUCUAUGAUGUAAAGGACACAGCUAUGCAGCAUUCUCCUCUUUAUUUUGAAGAUAUUGUGUAACCUACAUGUAUAAUCUUUAACAAUCUCUUGCUAUUGUACUCCUAGCAAACACAGUUGGUAGGAUAUAUAUAUAUAAAUCACUACAUUCUUCCAUUUGUCCAUUCAUCCCACUAUUUUUCUUUGGGCCUUAACUUUAUAAUAUAAAGAUACUUGGCACAGAGGUUGUUUAUGAUCAGUGGUGUGGUAUGACUCCAAUGUUGGGUCAUUUUACCAAGUUCAAGGUCACUGGUAAAAAAAAAUUUAAUUUUGGUUCGGAAAGAUAACUUUGUAAUGCGAAGAUAUUAGAAUCACAAAUCUGGCACAAAGAUUGCUUUAAUGGUUAGAUGCUAGAUGAUGUCAUUACCCAGAUUCAAGGUCAUUUACCCAAGGUCAAGUUAAAAACAGUUUAGAAUUUAUUUCCUAGCCAUAUCUUUGUUGUAGUGGAGAAAUAUUUAGAAGCUGAUAGUUGGCUUAGAGGUUAUUUAUCAUGUGUGAUGACCUUCGUGCAAAGUCAUUUGGCUCAAGACAAGAUCAGUGAGAAUUUUAAUCUGGACCCAGUUGCACGAAAUUUAGUUAACUUUAACUGACAAUAAACAUUUAUAUAGCAUUAACUUAAAGUUAACUGUCAGUUGAACUUAUAUUACUUUUGUGCAACUGGGUCCUGGUCUAUAACUCUUUAAAGGCGACCUUCAAAUAUGCCCCACUUUGGGGUAUUAGUCCCAUCGGGACAGGGUCCUUUUUUUAAUUCGAGAUUUUCUAAGUUAUUAUGUUUUAUCAGUGAUUUAUGAUUGAAUUUGAUUUCACCUGUGAUAAGCCAUUGCUAAAACUAUGGAUAUUUUUCAGCAAUUUCUUUUUUAAUGCUUGAAUUGUGCUAAGAAAUGAAUGUGCAAACAUUUUUAUGUUUCGGGCUUUUUUUUCAAUGGAGGACGGUAGUAUCUUUUACAGCAGAUCACGCUUAUAGUGAACAUCAUGGGAUGGUGUAUGUUUGAUGUGAUAAUAGUACAGGAUCUAUCGAUCUAACUGGUGAGGGAUCCCACCCAGACCAAAACUGAAUAUAUAGAUCUAACUGGUGAGUGAUUCCAACCAGACCAAAGCUGAAUCUAUAGAUCUAACUGGUGAGUGAUCCCAACCAGACUAAAACUGAAUCUAUAGAUCUAAAUUGUAAAACUCACAGUAGCAGGAAUCCCAACCAGACAAAAUUAUAAUGAAAUUUUUAAAUUCCCUAGAAAUCUUAUUUCCUCUGCUUUGUCUGAAUUCUUGUGGGCUCUUCUGGGUACCCAAGUAUGGCAAGUGGUGCUUAUGCAGUGGCAGAUCCAGAAGUUGGUUCCCUUUUAUCAGAAAAUUUUGCUAACAAAGGUAAAAGUAACACAUUUUUGAUUUUGAGGAUGGAACCCCCCCCCCUUUUUUUUUUGAAAAGCAAAAUUAAUGGUAGAACCCACCAUUCAGAAAUUCCUUGAUCCGCCCCCGUUAUGUGGAUACCCGGGGUGUGACAGUUGGUGGAUGUCCCACCUAGGAGAAAUCUACUACUCCCAGCAUAGAAACCAUAAACCUCCCACCCAGCGGAAAUCUACCGUACUACUCCCAGCAUAGAAACCAUAAACAUUGUUAGAUUCUUUUUAGCUAUAGAAUAGGAUCAACUCUUUUUUCACCUAUAGAUAAUUGUAUGUCUUUCAAUAUGAAGAGGCGUGGCAGUGCAUCAAAUUGUGUCAUUCAGAAAAAUAUGAUUAUUGUUAUUUUACAGUGAGUGCAAACCAAUGAAGUACCUUAUGUCAUUGUAAUACUAUUAUACUGUUGUUAAUUUUGUUUUUAAUUAGAUUUAUGUAAAUGUACUAACCAUGUAUUAUCCAUAUCCGGGUUGUGUUUAAAAAUGCACCUCUUUAUAGAUCUAUGAGAUUAAUCACUGUUCGUUAUCUUCACCUUUUUCAUCUACUAGGUUAAAUAACAAACGUCACCACUUCAAAAGUGCCAAAGUGGUUUGUUUUGCUUCUUUUUGUCUGAUUGAAUUUGUGCAGUAGGAAUUGAAAUUUGUCGAAAAGAUUCAUAGAAAUCAAUUGCAGAAUUAUUUUUGUCUUUGGAUAGUACUGAUGAAAUUUAAUUGUAAUUGCCCAUUCUGUAGUUCAAAAUAUAAAAAGUAAAGACCAAAAAAUGGCAGCUUGAUUGUGGCUUUUGUGAGUAUUGAUUUGAUUGUAUACCACAGUGGCAGAUCCAGAGGGUGGAGGAGUCUGGGGUUUGGAAACCCACCCAACCACCCCCCAUUCGUCAGAAAAGUUUGCUUAAAAUAAGAUAAAAAUAACACAUUUUGAGGGUGCCCCCCUUCUCCCUUUUAAAAUGAAAAUUAAUGGUAGACCCCCCCCCCCUUUCAAAAUUUUUGGAUCUGCCCCGAUACUAUUGUGGAUAUUUAUGGUGCAAGUUUGUCUUUAUAUUAACCCUAAAAUUAAACAACAAGAAUCCAUGUAGCACCCCGUUAUAUGAAAUGAAUGUAGAGUGUCAAAGACGCCCGUUACAAGAUUAAAAUAAGCAAUAUUCAGAGAAUUCAAACAUAUAAUGCCAAUCAGCCCCACUUUUCUGAAGUGAUAUUUUAAUGAGAUUAAAUAUGAACAUGAUUUUUUUAUUUAAAGACUUUAUUAUGCAAGAUGAUGUAUAUGCAAACCCAAUAUUCUGUUUAUUAUUUUUGUUUAAGGUAUAUAAGCCUGAAGUGUCUUAAAGUACUGUAAGAUUUGUAUGUUUUAUAUAUAUUUUUAUUUAAUGGUUUUAGCACAGUGUGUCAUAGGUACUUGACAUAAACAAAUAUUCACAAAUAUUAAAAACCACAUACUUACACUAAAUAUUGACUGAUAUUUAUUUUUAGUAAAUGAUUUUGUUGGUACCAGAUUUUUUAUAUAAUGUGAAUGUCAAGCAUCUGUAUAAUGUAUUGUGAUAUGGACAAUGUUCUUUCUUGUAUAAAAUACAGAAUAUUUGUGUACAUGCAUUCAAAAUUCAGAAAAACUGCAAACAAAAUGACAUUCCAGUUCACACACGUUUAAUUUUAUACAUGUUAGCCAGCUUAUAAUAUUACUGACAUUCCAGUUUACACACGUUUAAUUUUAUACAUGUUAGCCAGCUUAUUACUAAAUUUAUUGCGUUUUUUUUUUUUUUUUUUUUUUUUUUUUGUAAUAUGCCACUCCCUCCACAAUCCUUGCUUUGCUUUUGUGUAUUUGAUGAAUAUAUUUUUAUUUUUAAUUACAAUGUUAAAUGUAUUUUAUAUAAUUUUUAUGUACAUAUAGAUGUAUAUCUCUGUGUGUAUAACAUUUGUAUGGGAAAUGAAAGCUAUAUUGUUGAAAAUGAACAAAAAUAAAGAGAUUAUAUAAGUUAA